CCCGUCUCGACAACAUUCCACUUCAAUUGAUUUUGGAUGGAACAGAAUCUUAGCCGUCAACGAUAUAAAACUAGAUGAGAUGAUAUAAAAACCAAACAAAAGAAAUGUCCUCACUUUCGAUCAAACCGAGUCAAAAAAAUACCUUACGGAUUAAGAUAAAAGCAAAACUUCUAGCGUGUUUUGGUGACACAACUGCACACGGCUAUGGACGGGUGGCCAGCGCAGAUUCCCGACCGUUAAGGUGGUUCUGGAUUUUGGUUUGUGCAGCCGCAGUCGCAGCUUUUUCUCAGCAGCUGUACGGUAUAACAAAACAAUAUAUGUCAAGGCCUCUUAAAGUUAGAGUGAGCAUUGGACACGAGGAGAAACUCACGUUUCCCCAAGUCACGGUUUGCAAUUUAAACAUGAUUCGUCGAUCACAUAUUCCAGUGGACAUUGUAACAGAGUUCCCUCAGAUUCUAGAUGGACGAUCCAUCAAAAGAAAUUCCUCAAAGGCUGCAAACAAUGCAUCCUUUGAUUCCAGUGAAGGACAAACGGUGGUGCAUUUUUCUGAACUUUCGGAGGAAGAGACAAUAAUUCAAAGUGUUCUGCAAAAGCUGGCUGAUAGACCCGAAGAGAAGCUUAUGAAAUAUGGCCAUCAAAUAGAAGACAUGAUACUCAACUGCAAGUUUCAUAGACGUGAAUGUCUGGACAGACAUGCGGACAUGCGCAAAUACUGGACCCAGUUCUGGCACACACGUUAUGGGAACUGUUAUUCCUUCAACAAAGGAGUGGACAAGAAUGGGACAUAUACACCUUUGAUGACAUCAGCGCAGACUGGAUUAGGUUUGACCCUGGAGAUAAACAUUGAACAAGAUGAGUAUAUUAGUCAACUUUCCCAAGAGGCUGGUGUCCGAGUUUUCCUUGGAGGUCAGGAGGAAAUGCCAUUUCCACGUGAGCAAGGAAUAAGUGUGGCUCCUGGAUAUUCCACCGCCAUUCAGCUCCGCAAGGUGAUAAUUAAAAGACUCGAUCCGUUCCGUAACAGCAGCUGUGAGAGCAGAAACGAUCGAUUCCAGGAAAGCAUAUUUGGACGAUACAAUGUGACUUAUUCCACCACAGCCUGCAAGAUAUCUUGCCUGGUCCAAGCGAUGAAGUCUAACUGUGGCUGUGUUAUCUAUGAGCUGAAAUACAGUAACAUUCCUGUUUGUAACGUGGAAAACACAGACAUUGUCAAAUGUGUUAACAAGGUUUACAAGAGCUUUGACGAUGGAAAUUGUUCCAGAUGCCAAGAAAGAUGCAGGGAAACCAUAUUUAAGACAACAGUAUCCCUUGCAAAAUGGCCGUCAAAACAAUAUCGCGAUACUCUUAUCACAAAAAUAAACGAAGAAAAUCAUCAUAAUCACUCAGGCGAGACAAGUGACCACUUUCUGAAGCUUAAGAUCUACUAUGGACAACUUGAUUUCGAAGUCAUCGAGGAAGAAGAAGCUUACUCGAUUCCAAGCUUUCUGUCUGAUAUUGGUGGUCUAAUGGGAAUGUGGAUAGGGAUCUCAGUAUUAACUAUUGUGGAGUUAUUAGAACUUAUUAUAACUCUGUGCAUCACAGUUUUUAAGAUGUAUCUCAAGAGGGCGGAUAGAGUGAGAAACAUAAAGUUAAUGAAUAACAGUGGAAAGGUUCCUUAAAAUCACGCAGAACACUGCAUGCUUAAUAAAGGACAUUGAUCAUUGAGGUAGUCUUCGCUGAUAUCAGCUCAGAGGUCUCUGUUGAUCACAAUUUCCACUUGAAGUGUUUUAAAAGGCCUGUAAUUAUUGGACAACUCUUAGGGAAACACAGAAAACCUCAGCUCACUUUUCUUUUUUCACUUAUCUCUGCUAAAACUGUCAGUGUAGCUAAGGAAGCUGAGGGAGGCGAUGGGAGGAGGUUAAGGAAAUACCUUUUAAUUAUUUUUUGUCGUCAAGUAAAACCGCGAAAUCAGAAAACUGAAAAUUGGAAGAGACCAGGCCUCAGAAAUAAGGCACUAGGUAAAUUCUUGAGAAUACUUACUGACAUGUGUAUAAACUCAUCACACACAGAUCUCCUUACACAGGAUUUUGAGAGUCAUCUCUCCCUCACAUUCAAUUCACCCCGCCCGCUUUAACAGCGGACUAAAUAAUUGAUUUAAUACGAUUCCCUACAGGCCUAGGGAGUAAGAGACAAAUAUAUGUUCUCGCAUGGAAAUGAAAA